AUGAGUCGGAACUUCAUUCCCGCAGCGCUGGCCAUUGCAAUGGGUGUUGCUACAGGCUAUUACACUUUCCAACCAGCAUUGAGAGAGAUUCAAGGCGAUAAAGGAAACAUCCAAAGAUCUGGAAACCAACCUCCGCCAGCAGAGCAACAGCCCUCCACAUCUACUAUCUCUACGCCGGCACCUAGCUCCAAAGAAGAUGGAAAUGGGAAUUGA